ACCAGACUGGAGACUCUUCUGAACCUGAGACUGAUGACAGUGCUGAUUGGAAGGAGACCAGAGAACCUCAGUCAGCUUUAAACUCUCUGAAACACGAUUCAAGACGUAAGAAAACAUUCAGCUGCUCGGAGUGUGGGAGAAGAUUUGGCCGCAUGACAGAGCUGAAGAGUCACAUGAUAACUCACACAGGAGAGAAACCUUUCAAGUGCUCAGUCUGUAAGAAAUCUUUUAAACAGAGAUGUGAUUUACAGAAACACGAGAGAAUCCACACAGGAGAGAAACCUUACAGCUGCUCAGUCUGUAAGAAAUCUUUUACACAGAAUGGUGAUUUACAGAAACACGCAAGAAUCCAUACAGGAGAAAAACCUUACAGCUGCUCAGUCUGUAAGAAAGCUUUUACACAGAGGGGAGAUUUACAGAAACACAUGAGAAUCCACACAGGAGAGAAACCUUUUAGCUGCUCAGUUUGUAAGAAAUCUUUUACACAGAGUGAAAAUUUACGGUCACACAUGAGAACUCACACAGGAGAAAAACCUUUCAGCUGCUCAGUCUGUAAGAAAUCUUUUACACAUAGUGGAGAUUUACAGAGACACAUGAGAAUCCACACAGGAGAAAAACCUUUCAGCUGCUCUAAGUGUAAGAAA